CACACAAUAUGAGGGAGCACAGCGGCAGCCAAAACCCAACUCCAGAUUUUUCAGUUUGGCGUGUUUGCCUCUUGUGCACUAGCAUAAAUGUGAUGUUAAACGAAACAUUAUAACCUACGAGAGUAGAAGCCCAAAUCUGGCUUUUAUUUUGACUGCAUGAAUGUGGUGCGGUGAACUGACAAUACGCCGAAGUAGCGUUCAAAUGGAAGAUUGGCUGCUCUUUCAGUGGAUAUGUUGCCGUGGUGGUUUUUUUGCAUCAAUCCUUUUUUAAUCGUCACGGAUGUUUAGAUUUGGACCCUUUAUACCUCGUUCGUGUCCUGAGCUGUGAAAAGAAGAGAGGCAACGCCAGCCAGGAUAAAACAUUCCCUGCCUACCUCGACAUAUUGCACCAGGGAUUUAAAUAAUCACAUGCUACAACAACAACGGAAAUAUUUUUUUUUUUAAAUCAGACUUGAUGUUGCCGUCUGACCUUUAAUGAAUUCUGGAGAGCAAAAUGAGUAGGGAAAGGCCGAAGAGAAAUAUCAUUCAAAAGAAAUUUGAUGAUAACGAUGGGAUCCCAUGGUCAGAAGAGAGAGUGGUCCGCAGGGUUCUCUACCUCUCUCUUAAAGAGUUUAAGAGAGCUCAGAAGAGUAAAGUGGAGAAUGGCACUGGACUAGUUAAUGGCUCCUUUGCAAAUGGUCAUUUGAAUGGUUCUGGAGCUAAAGCUGGGCUGUUUGCUGGGAGCUGUAAGUCAGACAGGAUGCAGCAUGCAGCUCAGAGCAAAGACUGCAGCCAUGAGUUCUCAAUAGAGGGGCCUGUCAGGAAGAGACCAAGACUGCAGGCUCAGAGGAAGUUUGCUCAGUCUCAUCCCUGUUCUCCCAAUGCCACCCCACUAAAAGUGCUAGAGACUAUGCCCCUGAGCCCCGCCACCCUGCUCAACCAUCUCACUAAACGCAAACCCAAAACUGAAGACUUCCUCACCUUUCUCUGUCUAAGAGGCUCUCCUGCGUUGCCCAGCAACAUGACAUACUUUGGUAGUGCUAAUGAUGAUGAAGAUGUAGAUGAGGAAGAUGAAGAGGAGGAAGACACUGCUUGCAAUGCCCCUUCUUCCUGCCAGUCUACUCCACGCAAGAGCAAAGCACCCAACAAAUGCAUUGUCAACGGUCAUGUAUUUAAUGGGCAAGUGGGAGCUGCUGAGGAACCAGAGAGCAGUUUGAGGGCCAGAGGUAAAGAGGGAGUCCAGGGGAAGGAGAAAAACUCUGUAGCAUCAGCUAGAACCUCCAGCACACACAAUUUACGACCCAGCAGAUCUGUACAGGAACAAAAACAACAGCCCUCCAAAAUGAACAGAACUUCGGGAGCCUCUGCUGUCAAUUCCAGGAAGAUGAGAGAUCUCCGCACUCCUCCGACCAAAGCUGUGAAAUACCCCAAGGGCCACGUGACUUACACCAAAGCCAGACUGCUGAAAGAGGCCAAGCUCAGCCUGAGCACACAAACACGCCAACUCAGCUCGCACCACACCCACACACACCCUCAACACUCCAACUCAGGUAAAGCCCAAACCAGCCACGCCAAGAUGCAAAAACAGGUGCUAUCACCAGCAACUGCUGGGCGGCUGUGUAGGACGGACACAUUCUCACCCAGACGAAAUGGACUGAGACAGUCGAAAAGACAGUUGGAGAUGGCCGGGGUUAGAGCAGAGGUUGAGGUCAAAAGGGUCAAAGUGCAAGUCAUUCCCUUGGAGACCCGCAGUAGGAAAGCAGCUCAGGAGACACCAGCGCCCGGUAGCCAUGGUAAAAAGGUGAAACCGCAACUGACUGGAAGACCCAAACGGGCUUCUGCGGGGAAGCUCAUGUUCACCAAACAGAUGCACUGUAAAGCCGCCAUUCAGGCUAAGAACAGCCCCACUACCUCAACACAAGACAUUUUGAAACCAGCCAACUCCCCCAAAUUAUCUUUAUCCCCCAAAAUAAAUAAUGCUCGAAAACAAGUCGAUCCUUCUGAUGUGACCGAGCCCCUCAAACUAGUUGAGCCUAAAGGUGCUACAGACAAAGAGCGAGGCAGGCGAGGCACGGUUGCUGAGGUAACAGAGAUAACAGAGGUUCCGGUUUUCUAUCCAAGCACACGAGAGUUCCAUGACCCUCUGACUUACAUGGAGUUUGUGCGGGGACACGCAGAACUAUUUGGGUUGUACCGCGUUGUUCCGCCAGUGGGCUGGCGUCCAGAGUGUAAGCUUAAAGAGGAGAUGCGCUUUGUCUCUUACGUGCAGCACGUGCACAAGCUGGGCAGACGCUGGGGCCCGAACGUGCAGCAACUGGCCUGUAUCAGAAAACACUUACGGACACAAGGCAUUAAUAUGGAGGAGCCUCCACUCAUAGGCGGGUGUGAGUUGGACCUGGCCCGAUUCUUUCAGCUUCUAAAUGAAAUGGGGGGCAUGCAGCAGGUGACAGACCUGAAAACAUGGGGCCGGCUUGCAGAUCUGCUGGGCAUCCCACGCUCUGCUCAAGAUCGGCUGCCCAAGCUCCAGGAGGCGUACUGCCAGUACCUGCUUUCCUAUGACUCCCUAUCACCAGCCCAGAGGGCUCAGUUGGAGAAGGAAGUGCUGAUGGAAAAGGAGACCCUGGAGAGAAAAAGUGGGCCCCUAGAGGGCCAGGGAGACAUAUCCCAACAUGCCGCUCUGCUGCUUCCACGCUGCGAACCCAAAAAUGGGUUGGUGAAUGGAGCGUUGCACAGGAGCGGAGCACGUGAGCACCUGCGAGAGUUGGACCCCACAGCGAAGAGCAGCCGGAAGAGACGACUAGAGAAGAGAGGAAUGGAAGAGGGGGUGCUAAGUGAACAACAAAAGUGCAUAUACAGGGGGAAAUCAUUCUCUCUAACAACAUUCUACAGGGCAGCCAGGAAUACCAUGAACAUGUGUUUCAGCAAAGAGCCAGACACCGCUGAAAUUGAGAAAGAGUACUGGAGAUUGGUCGAGGAAAAGGAAUGCCAUGUUGCUGUGCAUUGUGGGAGGGUUGAUACAAAGACACAUGGAAGUGGAUUUCCUGUGGGCAAGUCUGAGCCAUUUUCAAAGCAUGGAUGGAAUCUAACUGUCCUUUCCAAUAACUCAGGAUUCAUCUUACGUCAUCUUGGUGCUGUGCCAGGAGUGACCAUCCCCUGGCUGAACAUAGGCAUGGUCUUUUCUACCUCAUGCUGGUGUCGGGACCAGAACAGCCUUCCGUAUAUAGAUUACCUACACACUGGUGCUGAUUGCAUUUGGUACUGUAUUCCAGCUGAAGAGAAAUCAAAACUUGACAAAAUAGCACACGCACUGCUACAGGCUAAUGGAACUCCAGGGCUGGAAAUGCUUGAGAGGAACAUUAUGAUUUCUCCAGAGGUGCUCCGUCGGAAGGGAGUGAAGGUGUACCGGACAGUGCAACAGAGUGGUCAGUUCAUGGUAUGUUUCCCAGGCACCUUUGUGUCGAAGGUGUGUUGUGGCUACUGUGUCUCAGAGACAGUGCACUUCGCCAACCCCCAGUGGAUGAAACUGGGCUACGAGGCAGCUAAGGACCUUAAACGGCGUCGUAUAGAGGAGCCCUUCUCCACAGAGAAACUGAUCUACCAGAUUGCCACAUCUGAGCGGAAUAACAAACAGCUCCUGAAAGCAGUCUCCACUCUCAUCAAGGAUCUCAGGGAUGCAGAGAUUAGCCAGCGCAGGGGUCUUUUCGAGGCUGGGCUCCAUCUGUCUGCACGCUAUGGCACGAACUGCGAAUCUCACGCAGACAAGAAGAAGCAGCAACGUUUAAGAUUUACAGAAGACACAGCCGACAGGCGCUGCCAAGUGUGUCAGCAUCUGUGUUACCUCUCCAUGGUUGUUCACGAGAGUGAUAAUGUGGUUUUCUGCCUGGAAUGUGCUCUUCAAUACAUCCAGAAGCGCAGGUCCCCACGUGGCCUCAAGAUGAUGUUUCGUUACACUGAGGAGCAAAUCAACAGUCUGGUAAAUCGUGUUUUUGGCAAAGCAUUGGAGAAGGGUGGAGAGAAGCAGAAAGCUGCCGGCCCCAUCAAGACCCCACCAGCAAAACGAAGUCCUAGAAACAAGAGCCCUGCCCUGGUCACUCUCUCCUGCUCCACCUCAAAGAGCAGCAGCCGCUCCUGACCAGACAUUCCUCCUCACCCAACAUCACAUACCGUAUAAGGCCAUAGUGUCUCAUUUUAUAUCAGGUGUUCCUAAUACUUGUGUACAAACACACUUUAAUAAUCUUUGUACCUAGUGUAUAGUAUCAAUACAACAAGCUGUUAUAUUGCACUUUUGCAUAACAGAUACGUGUAGUUACUGGCUGGUUAAUAUAAUAUAUUGAAUGUAUGGAGGUCAAAGGUUACAUCGCGUUUCACAAAAAUACAAAGGGGCAAAUGCACAACUGUUUAGGCACCUGACAUAAGUAAGACUGUUGGGCCUCAUCCGGCAAGCACAGAAUAUUUUGCACUAGUAUUGAGAUUGGUUUUAGAUGAGUAUUUUCUGGUUGUUUUAGCAUUAAAUUGAGUAUAGAUAUGCGUAUACAUAGAUAUAAAUAUAUCCUAUACUAUUCCUAUCAUUUGUGUUUAACUGGUGCUGUAAUGACACUUUUCUCCAUCACCCCUACAGCCUGUUUGUAUCUUGGGCUCACCUUUUUUAAGUCUUAAAGGGAUACUUCACCCAAAAAUGAAAAUGUUGUCAUCAUUUACUCACCCUAUGUUGUUCCAAACUCAUAAGACUUUCUUUUCCCUGUGGAACACGAAAUAUGAUGAAUGUUAGACUCACUAUUCACUUUCAUUGUAUGGAAAAAGUUGCAUGAAAGUGAAAGAUGACAGACUAACAUUCUGCCUAACAUCGCCUUUUGUGUUUCAGGAAAGACAGUCAUAAGGGGUUUUGGAACAAUGUGAGGGUGAGUAAAUGAUGACAGAACCUUUUAGUGAAUUGUCCAUUUAAUAUGAUGUCAGGAAGAAGGCAGUAGCCCUCUCAUGUCAAACUGUAUCUGUAUAGUACAUGCAGUUACUAGCAUUCCAGCUCCAAAUAUGAAUCGGUGUCAGAUCAGUUUUAACUGACUUAUGA